UAGAGAGAGAGAGAGAGAGAGAGAGAGAGAGAGAGAGAGAGAGAGAGAGGAGAUAUCGAUAUUCAGGUUCUGUGUACGUAUUCAUUCAUCUAAGUGAAGGAGAAGAUUUUCACCAAAAAAAAAAAGUGAAGGAGAAGAUACCAAAUUAAGAGAGUGAACUUCUAUAUAUAUAUAUAUAUAUAUGGAAGCCAUUAAUCUGUCCUUGAAAAUGGAUUCAGAAUGUGAUCAAGGAAAACGAGGAGAAGAAAAUAGCGGACAAGUGGUCGGAGACCGGCAAGGUCAAGAGGAGAGAGGAUGUGGUGGCAAAGAAGAUCAGAGCAAGGUGGAAGAAGGAACAACAACAGAAGCAAAUGAUGCAGGAGAAGUGGAAGAAGGCGAUGAACAGCAACAAGAAGAUACUUCUAUUAAGUUAUCCCACCAGCAAGAGAUCCCCAAGAAACAUGAGUUAGGAGAGCUGCAAAAGGAGAUGAACCGCAUCCGAGAAGAGAACAAGCUCUUGAAGAAAUUCGUGGACCAAACGAUGAAGGAAUACUAUGAUCUUCAGACAAAAGUCGCUCAAGUUCAACAAGCUAACAGAGCAAUGGAUCAGCAAAUCUUUCUACCUCUAGCCGGAAACCCUAGCCGAGAACAACCAAAGACAGUGACCACUAACUCAACGGAGAAAUCAAAGGAUAGGUCCUUCUCGUCACCUUUGGGAGGUGAUGACAGUGAACUGGAAUUGUCACUGAGACUUCAUGGCACCGGUGCGACGGGCAAAGAGGAGGUCCGUAGCGAUAGAUCAGAAGAGACCAAUUAUAAGGACAGCCAUCAGAACAAGCAAGACAUAAAUCUUACUUCUGUAGAAAAUUAUAAGAUACGGAGGACUGACUCGAGUGGUGUUCCUGGCCUGAGUAGUACAGUUCCGUCGAAUAGAUCGAAGACAAGAGUUUCAGUGAGAGCAAGAGUCCAAGGAGCCACUAUGAAUGAUGGGUGUCAAUGGAGAAAAUACGGACAGAAGAUCGCGAAAGGGAAUCCUUGCCCUCGAGCCUACUACCGUUGCACGGUUGCUCCAGGUUGCCCUGUUAGAAAGCAGGUGCAAAGAUGCCUCGAGGACAUGUCUAUACUGAUAACUACAUAUGAAGGAACUCACAACCACCCGCUCCCAGUGGGCGCAACGGCCAUGGCUUCAACUACCUCCACAGCGACCUCCUUCAUGCUAGUGGACUCGAGCAUUCCCAGUCUUUCGAAUCAGUAUAACAUCUCUAGUGACUUCAUCCCUUCUCUCGGUCAUUUGCAUAGUAGCAUCCCGAAUCCCUCCUCUUCUCCUCUAGCUCUACCUUAUGGUGCCAGUAGAAGUUUCACAAGCCCUACCGACCCAUCGAAAGACAUUGUUCUUGACAUCACCAAGAUCCAUUGUUCAGCUUCAGACCACCAAAAGAAACAAUUCCCGAGCAGUAGCUCCUUGGAUUCAUCAUCUACUCCAACCAGAUUCCCGUGGAUUAAUCCGAGCAGAUCAGCCUUGUUAGGCAACCUAUCCCCUACGGAAGAGAAGCACUAAUCACCCGCAUAGAUGUACAUGCAUGUUCAAUACUGGUCACAUGAUAUAUAAUCGUCGAUGCGUUAGUGUCAAGGUUAUAUGAAGGUAGCCUCCAUCUGAAAGUAUCCACCGGCGAUCAUUUUUUCCAAGUUUCAGUUCGUUCUUUGUAUCGGGGAUCACAACCCCCUUUCAAACAGGAAGCCGGAAUAAAAACUAAUGAAAGAA